AUGUUCCGCAACAAGGUCCUCGUGCGCGCCGUCCCCGUCCCCUCCUCUUCCUCCUCCGCACCGUCGCCGCCGUUCCUCCUCCGCCAGGUCUCCUUCUCCGCCGCCGCUCCAUCCCUCGACCUCGACAUCCUCUGCUGCAGGCUGUCCCGCCGCCACCGUCUCGCGUGCCUCCCCCAGCCCCCAGCCGACGCCCUCGUGGUCUACCAGAGAUGCCAGUCUCGCGCGGCCGCCGAGGUGGCCUCCGAGAUCGCGGCUGCCUUCACGGGCGCCUCGGUUGGCGAGGAGGAGGAGGUGGUGUGCUCAGGCGCGCUGGUUGCAAAAGCGGUUGAGUGUGGACUGCGAUGUCUGACGCUUGAGCGUGGAUGGAGCUUUGUCGGGGAGAGCAUAUACGCCCAGUCCACGUUUGCUGCCAGUGAGGAGAGGACUGAUCUCUGCGUGUUGAAUGUGGAAGUCAGAUCUGGACUAAAUGAUGAUUAUGAGUUUGUUGUCUCACCUGAUGCAUUUCGGUUUACUACACUUAAGAUCUCAGAUGUUGCUAGCUCCAAUGUGAUGGAAACGUUCCAACAUAUUAAGGAAGUAAGUUUGGAUGGUUAUAACCUCCAGACAGCUUGUGCAAUUCUUCCAACAUUACAGGAAGGCCAUGUGAUUGGUUUUAGUGAACUACCUCCUUCUGGACAGAUCUUGGACAGCUUUACAAAGCUUUGCUCAGUUAAGGUGCAUGGUUUGGAGAUGAACUACAGUUAUCAUGCAGCAGUCAAACUGACAUGCGGAGCUUCCUGCGAGAAGCAAUGGUUGCCUUCUCCAUUUGUCCUCCAAGGUCCGGGGCUUCAGCCUGCCCCAAAAUCUGUUAGAGCAUCAAAGGCAAUGUCUUCCAUGCGGUCUUUUAUAGAAUUGUUGAAAGCUUGGAAUUUCUUUGGUCAGAGUCAACUAGUAAUCAAGGAACAACUGGUAGUUAACUGCACAGCUACUCUGCCUACUUGGGAUAAAGCCACAAGUAAACUGGCAAUGCACACUGCAAGAGCCGAAAAUUCAGAGGAUCUUCGUUUAGUUCAUCCAGGUUUUAUGGCCAAAGACCAAUCAUUGACUUUAGACUUCCGGACCCCCAAACCAGCUGUCUUUUGCUCUUCGGUUGCCAAAUUGUGCAAUACCAAAGUUGAGAUAGCUCAGUCUUUGGAUGAUGCUGGCACUGGCGAUGACACACAUUCCAUCAAGCAUGGUUGUCAAUCAGAGUCUGUUGUCCUAACCAGUUCAUUCAAAUCACAAAUAACAUUAUUGAAGCCUUCAUUUAGCAGAAGUAAACGAGCAGAUAAAAGCAAAACAAGCUGUUCUUCUGAACAAUCUGAUGCUGAUAGUUCAAACAGAUCGAGUGAAACCAGCCUACCAAAAUCGUCACUUGGAAGUUUUCCUAAAGCAAGCCAUGCUAAUCCUGUCGAUUCAUCAUGUGCAAGUCUUCUCAAGCAAGUCAUUCAGACUUCUGUGAAUCCUAAAAGGAAGCAUGCAGAGAUUCUAGAAAACAGUGGUGAAGGAGGAACUGUAAAAGUGCACCAAAAGGAUUGUUGUGAAAAGAGGAACUUGGAUACGAGGAAGAGUAAAGAUUGUGCACCUAAUGUCCCGCAAGACACAGCAUCAGUGCUACAUAUUCAGAAGGAUGUGUUUAGAACAAAAGUAAAACCGACAAAAUCAAAGUCUAUGGUUGGCAAGAAUGAGAUAACUGCUGCAACAACUUCGAAAAGAAAGCCAGAAGUUGUCAAAGACGAGCUAACCAAAAAGGCAAUAGAUCAUCAAAAGGAUGUUACUAACAAGGUGACAAAGGCAAAGCCAGGAAGUGUUAAGGAUGAGUCAACUUCAAUAACAAAGACAAAAACAAAGCCAGAUGUUGAUAAGGACGAGUUAACUGCAAAGGUGAUAGAUCAUCAUAAGCGAGGUCAGCUGCGUCUGCUUACAGUUGCUGAUCUAAAGUGCUUUCUCAGUGCAAAAAAAGCAAAAGUUGGAGGUUCAAAGGAAGUGCUUAUCCAAAGAGCAACUGAACUCCUUUCUUGA